AUGACUGAUUCCGAGAGAGACCAGGCCCUUUCGGAGUUCAAGUUGAAGGUUGUUCAUCCCCCAGUUAACCGUCUAUCCGUCACGGCGCUCGGGGCCUCUGCAAUUCCGUGAAGGGCAUAAUAGUACUAAUUCUGUCUAUAGCUCCUUGAACACCGAGAAUGGGAUGCAAAACUUAAAAACUUGAGGAAAGAUAUUAAAGAUCUUCAGAAGGAGUUCGAUCAUACCGAGGAGAAUAUUAAGGCUUUGCAGAGUGUUGGACAGAUUAUUGGGGAGGUGCUAAAACAGCUGGAUGAUGAACGAUGUGUGUCUACCCCUCUGUUUGCCUUUUUUCUCCAGAUGGUAAUAUUGACAAUAAAUUUGCUAGUUAUUGUCAAAGGUGAAGCUCAACAAUGGCUCCAUUUUUUUUGCUGGGUUUAUCGCAAGGUGUUAACCAUUCGAUAAAUGAUAGCUUCCUCUGGACCUCGCUAUGUUGUCGGCUGCCGCUCCAAAGUUGACAAAACAAAGCUCAAGCAAGGUGUUCGUGUAGCGCUAGACAUGACAACUCUAACCAUCAUGAGAAUGUUACCCCGAGAAGUCGAUCCUCUGGUCUACAAUAUGUCACUCGAGGAUCCGGGUCAGGUGUCUUUCGGCGGCAUCGGCGGUCUUAACGAGCAAAUUCGCGAGCUAAGAGAGGUUAUUGAACUACCGCUGAAGAACCCGGAGCUGUUUUUGAGGGUUGGGAUUAAGCCACCAAAGGGCGUUUUACUUUACGGCCCUCCAGGGACAGGGAAAACGCUGCUAGCAAGGGCCGUAGCAAGUAGCUUGGAGACAAAUUUCUUGAAAGGUGCAUCCCAUAUAAAUCCACGCAUUCAGCUCUUUGAUUGAUUAUCUAACGCCAACUUUUUAACUUAGUCGUAUCUUCAGCAAUUGUCGACAAAUACAUCGGGGAAUCGGCCCGUCUGAUUCGUGAAAUGUUCGGAUAUGCUAAAGAGCACGAGCCCUGUAUCAUUUUCAUGGAUGAGAUUGAUGCCAUCGGUGGACGCAGGUUUAGUGAAGGGACUUCAGCGGAUCGUGAAAUCCAACGAACCCUCAUGGAACUCCUCAAUCAACUGGAUGGAUUUGACUACCUCGGAAAGACUAAGAUCAUUAUGGCAACCAACAGGCCGGACACCCUUGAUCCCGCGCUUCUGAGAGCCGGCCGAUUGGAUAGAAAGAUUGAGAUACCCUUACCUAACGAAGUUGGCCGAUUAGAAAUCCUCAAAAUCCAUGCCGCCUCGGUGGCGAAGGAGGGAGAGAUUGACUAUGAGAGUAUCGUCAAAAUGAGCGACCAGUUGAACGGCGCUGAUCUUAGGAACGUGAUAACGGAAGCCGGGUUCUUUGCCAUCCGAGACGACCGUGAUGCUAUCACCCAAGACGAUAUGUCGAAAGCUGUUAGGAAGGUGGCAGAAGCUAAAAAGUUGGAGGGUAAGCUUGGUAAGCACUCAUCCUCCCUCCCGCCCACUAUCCCUAAAGUUCUGGCCGAUAAUGAUAGGUUCUAG